GCUGCUGCGGGCGCUGCCUGGGGAAGGAUGGGUUUGCUCGGGACCUUGACAGAGCACUAGAGCGGACACUUCUGCCGGGGAGAGUGGUCUGCAACGCUGUUCUGAUGCAAUGGUGGACUCUAUUGCUCCUCUGAUGGCAUCCCACCGCUGCAAGAUCGGUUGUGUCCAUUGCAAUUAAGUUUGCGAGAUCUGGACAUGAGAAGAUCGAGCAUGUACGUGUAACUGUGACAGCUUAUCGGCACUUCUGAUUGUAUUUAUUGCUCGUGUGCGUCUUACUUGCUUCCAGUGUGAUUACAAGCUACAGCACUAGUAUCCUUAACCUUGCUUUGGGAACCACCUGGAGGAGCAUGCAUCGUUUUGCCUUGGUUGCCAAGCAAACUGCGACAAGCCUGGGCUGCCAGGGAUCAGGGGUCUUCCGAAGCGGAAGGAGAGACAUGGCUUUGCGCUGCGUCGCUUCGCUGGCGGCCGAGCGGCAGCCACGGUGUCCCCGGCUCCUGCGGCCGGCGCGGGAGGGGACGGUGCGCUGGAGCAGCGCUGCCAAGGCCUCCGCGGUGAAGAUGAAUGAGAAGGCGAGCAGGGAAAAGAUUCUGACGCUGGAGUCCAUGAACCCGCUAGUGAAGGCGCUGGAAUAUGCAGUGCGGGGCCCCAUUGUCCUUAAAGCCGGCGAGAUCGAGAAGGAGUUGCGGAAGGGAAUCAAAAAACCUUUCACUGAAGUAAUUAAAGCCAACAUUGGAGAUGCGCAUGCAAUGGGACAAAGGCCGAUCACCUUCCUCCGUCAGGUAGUGGCACUGUGUACAUACCCAAACCUGUUGGACAGCCCAAGUUUUCCAGAAGAUGCCAAAAAGCGAGCCAGACGGAUCUUGCAGGGCUGUGGAGGAAACAGUUUAGGAUCUUACACUGCCAGUCAAGGUAUAAAUUGCAUCCGUGAAGAUGUUGCUUCAUAUAUUGAAAGAAGAGACGGAGGGGUUCCUGCAGAUCCAGAUAACAUAUAUCUUACCACUGGGGCAAGUGAUGGUAUUACUUCAAUCUUAAAGAUCUUAGUCUCAGGAGGUGGAAAGUCCAGAACAGGAGUGAUGAUCCCUAUACCACAAUAUCCUUUAUAUUCAGCAGCCAUAUCUGAUCUAGAUGCAAUCCAGGUGAACUACUAUUUGGAUGAAGAAAAUUGCUGGGCUCUAAAUGUGAAUGAACUUCGCCGUUCCUUAUAUGAAGCUAAGUCAUACUGCAAUCCAAAAGUCCUCUGCAUCAUCAACCCUGGAAAUCCCACAGGACAGGUGCAAAGCAGAAAGUGCAUUGAAGAUGUGAUACACUUUGCUUGGGAAGAGAAACUUUUUCUUCUGGCUGAUGAGGUUUACCAGGACAAUGUGUACUCUGAAGGAUGCCAGUUUCAUUCCUUCAAAAAGAUUCUGUAUGAGAUGGGACCCGAGUACUAUAACAAUGUUGAGCUGGCCUCUUUUCACUCCACCUCUAAGGGAUACAUGGGCGAAUGUGGCUACAGAGGAGGCUACAUGGAGGUCUUAAACUUGCACCCAGACAUUAAAGGACAGCUUGUUAAGCUGCUUUCUGUUCGCCUUUGUCCUCCAGUCUCAGGACAAGCAGCACUGGAUGUUGUAGUGAAUCCUCCAGUACCUGGAGAAGAAUCUUAUGCACAGUUCAUAAAGGAGAAGGAGUCUGUUUUGAACAAUCUUGCCAAAAAAGCCAAAAUAGCAGAAGACAUGAUUAACGAGGUUCCAGGAUUUCACUGCAAUCCACUUCAAGGAGCUAUGUAUGCUUUCCCACGGAUCUUUAUCCCUUCCAAAGCCAUUGAGGAAGCAAAGGCUCAUAAAAUGGCACCGGAUAUGUUCUAUUGCAUGAAACUUCUGGAAGAGACUGGACUAUGUGUUGUACCUGGAAGUGGAUUUGGCCAAAAAGAAGGAACCUACCAUUUCAGAAUGACCAUUCUUCCUCCAGCAGAGAAGCUGAAGAUCCUACUGGAGAAAGUGAAAGAUUUCCACAUGAAGUUUCUUGAAAAAUAUGCAUGAAACUACUGUGGCAUUUCCCCCUCAUCCCCACCUCUUCAAGGUGAAUCCAGGAAAUGAACAAAGAUGUGCUCAGAAUGUGCUAUUCAUCUAAUUUAACUAAUUUCCAAAUAGAUAGAACCAAUCUCAGAUACUACUACAGCUUACUGGACUAUUAAAUUUAAUGUCUGAUACAGAAGACAUUGUUAAACCAUUUUCUUUAAGGUUAAGGGGGAAAGUGAAGAAAACAGAAGAAAGUAAAUGAUUUUGUGCCUUGAUUGUAAGUUGCAUUUGUGAACAUUUGACUCAGCAGGUUGGGGAAGAGAGUUGCUCAUUAGAAUUACUACUGUUGUGUGGAUUU